AUGGGCGAUAUGUUCAAAGAAUUCGUAGGACAUAUGAAUAAUGAAGACGACGAAACCUUCAACAUGAUAUGUACGGACGGACGAAGUCGUAAUGAAAUUACGCAGGCACAAAUGCCAUUAUGCAGGAACAUUGUGCGCGUCAUAUCUUAUAUGGAAGAGAGAUUAAAUAGUUCAGAAAGGCAAAGCAGGGAACAAGAAACUGAGAGAGAAAUGAAACAGAUAAUGAGAUGUAUAAUAGGGAAAGUGAAUCUGAUGGCACUACGGGAGGAAUAUUGCAGGGAGCAGAGUAUGUGGGCAUAUAUAAUGAAGAUGGCGCAAAUGCUGGCUGAGGCAUUUGACGGAGCAGCAGGGAGUAAGAGUAAACAGUGUCAUGCAUGGAAUAUAAGUGGUUUAAAGGUGGGUGGAAAGAAUAUAGAAGAAGAAAUUAGAACAUGGAUAUCGGAGAGUAUGAUUCACGCGGGGAAGGGACGUCUAGGGCAGUGUACGCAAGGACAGAGCGCUAGCGGCACGGUAAAACAUAGGACUAAACAGGAGAUAAAAGUACGAAUAGUAGAACGCACGCAGCAAUUGCGCAAGAAAAUUCAGGAAAUUGUAACGAAGGUGGAGAAGGAAACGGCAGACCUAAUACCUUCCACGGAACAAUCGAAUUCACACGGCCCCACAACGCAAGCAGCACAUCCAAAGGCUGCAGCAUCGCCGGUAACCACACCAUCAAAGGAAACGUCAGGAAAUCUUUAG